GAGAGAGAGAGAUGCAACUGGGACAGAAAAACAAGGUAUGGGCAUGUUAGGAUGAUAAAGCCAUUGCGCUUGCUUACACUAACUGCCUCCUUAAUAUGCCAGUUGUGCACAUCCUGUCAGAGCUUUGGCUUAAAUGAUAUGACUUCUCCGUGGUGAAACCCAAGUGCCUCAUUCUCAAAAGUUUUUGCAACACAGACUGUGUAAUUAUACCUGAUUUACUGCUCACUUUUUGCUCUCUACAGCAUUUCGCCCACAGUUUCACACUAAUACACUGCAAAAGAAAAAUGUGAGGCUAUGUUCCACACGUUGGCAUGAACUGAGCAAAACAUUAAGCAGUUUGUGCACCUAACUCUGAUUGUCAGUCUGAGUUAGUCUGGGGUUUUCCUGAAUGAGGCGAUUCAUCUGGUAAUCUGUAACUCCUUCCAGAGACUAGUUGCACGCUGAAAUUGCAUCUGAGAAUGCGAUCGCGUCAUGGAAAGAAGUCAGUGGUGUUUGGGAAACGUGGUUUAUAUUUUUACUGAUUGCACUAAAUAGUGCACAGAAAACACAAACUGUGAAAACAUAGAGAGAAAAUGGUGACUGAUUAAUCUUCUUUACUAGAACAGGUUGGCUAGAAAAGGACCAGGAAGACUUGUGUCCUCACAACUUUCCCACACACACACCUGAGUUGGAUCCUCCUUGCACGCCUCUUGACUUGUGAUGGAGUCUGCUAUUGGUGUGCUGGUGUCCCAGUUCAAGGCGUAUGCUGGCAGUGAUGGUUCCUGUGACACACUGAGCAGAGAUGAGUUCCACAGACUGGUCACAUCACAGCUCCCCAACUUUGUCAAGAAUGCUGAUGACCCCGCUGCCAUCGACCAGCUCAUGAGCUCAUUGGACAAGAACAAUGAUGGAGAGCUCAACUUCCUGGAGUUCUGGCAGCUGAUUGGGCAUCUUGCAAGCAAACAGGGGGGGUUCAGCCAAUAGAGUGUCCUCAGAGACUCUCUUACAGUUACAUGUGUGUUACCGACUUGUCUGUGAGCCAUGCAGUUGGAGAAAAUGGGAAAAGGGCCAAAUGGAAAACACCCUAAUGUCUGUUUCAACUGGAGAAUGCUGCAUUUUUAUCAGCAGUCUGCAUUUCUUCUCAGCCCGGCCUCUCACCAGCAACUGCCAAACUGGCACAGGCACUGUCACAGAAUACUACUGAACAGUUUCAGCGAUAUUAGAACCAGUCCUAGAUGUUUCCCUGCACACACACACACACACACACACACACACCCACACGCACAGCCGCCUGUACUUACAGGUCUAUGAGGGAGUUGCAGAGUGGGAACGCAUUGUCUGAAAACUGAGAAUGUGUAUGUGUUAGUACUGUGUAUUCUUGGAUUAUCUCAUUCUUGGAAAACGCACGUUAUGCUGUCUAUCAUCUCCAUCCAGGACCCAAACAGGGGUGUGGCGGUGUGGUGUCGGCAGAGCAAGAUUUCACGUUCAAA